AUGAAGAAGAGGGUGCAGCACCCUAAUUCUCGCAGCCUGGUGGACUCACAGAAGGACCCGCGGGUGCUCGAAGGCUUCCAGGGCUGCCUGGACUCGGUCACGCUGAACAACAACGAGCUGCCGCUGCAGAACAAACGCUCUCGAUACGCAGAGGUGGUGGGACUGACAGAGCUGAAGCUAGGCUGCAUCCUCUACCCUGACGCCUGCCUGCAGCAGCCCUGUCGCAACGGAGCAACCUGCACCAGCCUGCCUUCCGGUGGGUUCUCAUGCAGCUGUAACCUCCAGUACACCGGAGGGCGCUGUGAGAUGGAGAUCACGGCGUGUGUUCCCAACCCGUGUCAAAACGGCGGAGUAUGUAAACCCAUCGGUAACGCCUUCUUCUGCAGCUGCAGGAGAGGUUUCAAGGGCCUGAUGUGUGAGGAAGAUGUGAACGAAUGUGACCGCAGCAAUCUGGAGGGUGAGUGUGAGAAUGGCGGCCUCUGCGUCAACACUUACGGAUCCUUCUACUGUAACUGCACGGCGGGCUUUGUGGGCCAACGCUGCGGCCUGCGACCCGUGGUGGUCCCCGACAUGCAGGCAGGUCACACCGUGGUCGGUAAAGAGGAGCUGAUCGGAAUCGCCGUGGUGCUUUUUGUCAUCGUCACCCUCAUCAUCCUCUUCAUCGCUUUCCGCAAGAAGGUUUUUCAGAAGAACUACUCGCGGAACAACCUGUCUCUGGUCCAGGACCCGGCUACUGCAGCGCUCCUCAACAAGGCCAACGGUGUUCAGUUUAAGACCCUUCACUGCACACCAGGGGACCCCCUCAACCUGUACUCAGAGCCCACCGUGCUGGGAGUGGGCGGGAUGAUGUGUCCUCCACAGGUCCCUGUGAGGCCCAUGGCAUACACCCCCUGUUUCCAAGGAGACCCGCGGUCCACGCUGGAGAAGAUGGUGGAUGGGCGCGGUGUGGAGCAUACGGAGAUGAGCACCUUUCACCCCGAGUCCCCAAGGAUCCUGUCGGGAACCACCAGGAGGGGGGUGGUGGUGUGCAGUGUGGCCCCCAACCUGCCGCCAGUGUCCCCCUGCCGCUCAGACUGCGAUUCCCUAUGCAAGAGCCCAUGGGACAGUGAUGAGGGAAAGAUGGUUGACAUGGCAGAAGAAGUAACGUGUUUCUCAGGGAGCAACAAAGGCAGCAACUCAGAGGUCCAAUCCCUUAGCUCCUUCCAGUCUGACUCCUGUGAUGAUAAUGCCUCCAUAGUGACGGUCAUUCGACUGGUGAAUGAUGCAGUCGACACAAUCGAAAGUGAAGUGUCAGUAAUGGACCAUGGUCAAACCUACAACAGAGGUGACUGCCAGACCCUCUCACUUUACCCCUCCCCCUCUAUGUAUCUAUCUCUCUCUAUCUAUCUCUCUAUCUAUCCAUCUAUCUAUCAAUCCAUCUAUCUAUCUAUCUAUCUGCAGCGGCUAUUAUAUUAG